AUGACGCCCGCCUGCAGCCUGGCCUGCCCAGUACUGUCGGAGAUGUACGAAUGCUCGAGCAAUGCUUCGAAAGGCACCUCAUGCUCGGGGGGAUUCCGCCGCGUGAGCUUCAGUUCAGAGGUGCACCUGUACCGGUACGAGCAGGUCUCCGGUGAGCAGGCGACGGCGGAGCCCCAGGUCGCGGCGGAGGACGCGGGCCCCGCCGACGCCGUGCUCGUCCGGCUGGCGUCCGAGCAGCAGAGCUUCCGGGGCUCGCGGCGGGCCUCCCCGUGGGGGGAGUGCUGGCCCGGGCUGCCGUCGGCGCAUGCGUUGGCGCCGCAGGAUCCAGACAAGCAUGGCGACGACAGCACGUUCAAGAAUGCCUUCCAGGAGUCCGUGGAGCGCCGGCGCAUCAAGCGCAGCGCCACUCCCAACGUCGGCGCAGUGGAUGAGGUCACGUCGCUCCAGCUGCUUGUGGCCACCACAACCGACGAGCCGCUCCGUGUUAUGCUGCAGAAGAGGACCAGCCACCUGCAGUCGACCCCCUCCGCGGUGUCCGGCGCCAACUCAGGCAUGGCGAUCGAGUCGGUGCGCAAGGCAGUGGGAGCUUGGAAGGACGCAGAUCACGAGCAUACCCAAUGUGCCAAUAACGUUCUCAAGCUUCGUACUGCUCUCCAGCACGCGGAGGAGAAGGAUAUCACAGCAGCUGAGGUCACGUGGGGCGACGCGGUCUUUGAGCACGCUGAGGAGCUAGAGUUGAAGCAGGGGGAGCGCGAGACCUUGAGGAAGCUCAGGGCCGAGCUCAUCGGCUUCAGAGACCAGCUCGCGGCGAAGAGCGAGGAGGUCAAGGCUAAGUUGUCAGAGACGGCCGCCUUGAAGGAGGACGUCGAGAACCGCCUGGCCAAGAAGCGCAAGGGGGAGGGUGGCGUGGCUGCCCCUGGCGGUGGAGACAGUGCUGCUGAGACUGCUUCCGCCGCCGCCGCCGUGGAGGAGAAGACGGGCGCCCCCGCCGCGUCCGAGGAGGAGUCCGUGAAGAACAAGCUGAUCGCCGAGUCUGCCGCCAGGAUCUCGGCCGCCAAGUUCGAGGCGCAGCGCGCGGCCUUCGGCAAGGGCAAGGGCGGCGACGCAGCGCCCGCGGGCAAGGGGCCAGGCGGCCCACCUGGGAGGGACCCCGCACCCCAGGUGGCUGCGGCGGCGGCUGCCGCGCCUGGCCCAGAGCCAGAUAGUGAGAGUAGCGCGUAG